AUGCUAUCUGUCAUCAACCCCGAUACCAUUGAACGCUCAGAGACACCAAUCCCUGAAGACGCAGCAUUUGCCCACCAGCCGUGGGAGAGCGACAUUGAACCGGAGUCGCUCGAACACGAGGCGUAUCGGCUGACCUGGCUGGCGUCAUGGAAGCUACAACGAGAAUAUGAGCUGAUCGAACCCGACCUGCGCAAAGUUAUUGGCGACGUCGCGGUAUGGACUCACGCAAGUCACUGUGUGGACGCCACCGACCAGAGCUCGGCGACGGCAGCGUUGGCGGACAACACUUUUGCAUCACAAACAGACGAUUGUAUGGAUCUGGAUGCACUUCAGGCUCCCAUUGAGCAAGGCCAGCCGCAGCAGGAGCAGCAGCAACUGUUCAGCGGAGAAGAAACCUACUCUGAUGAAUCCCUGGCGCUCCCGGCCGUGGAGGAAAAUGGCGUGCUGCAGCCAGUACCCACGAAACCGAGCGCGGUGGUGGUCACAGAAGUAGAUUUGGAUGACGUUGACGCCAAUAACGCCAAAGAGGUUGACCCCUUCUCCGACGACGAAGAGGACUCUACCUACGACGGAAGUAGCGACGAUGGAGACAUAGAUGACCGCAACGACGGCGGUUGGAGCAGCGAUGGCGAGACCUACUGCGGCGAUCACGACGAGGACUGUAUCCCCAAGCACCAGGAACAAGACAUAGCCGACUGCGGGCGUCUUUCGAGAACGAUCGACUUCAAAGAAGCCGAAGCGCACAUGUGGGAGAGAUACACAGCCCUGGAGCCCGCCCUACAGUCACAACCACAGUCCCAACCACAAUCACAACCACAGGAAGUGUACCUCUGA